ACGUGAGGACCUAUCAGGAUUUCCUCGCGGGAAUCAGAGCUAUCCAGGGCAAGAAGGGAACGCAACGUAACGGCUAUAAUUAUGUAUCGGCCGAAGCGAAUGUUCUAAUUUGCCAAGGACAAACGAGCGGACAUUUCUGCGAGACGUGAUUUUCAGGCGAUAAUCGAGGGGAAGCACCUCGAUACACCAGCAAUGCAAUCACCGUGACGUAUUGCGUCAAAAUCGAGACAAAGGGACCGAGGAAUGGGUGAUAUAUUUUCUCCAACGAAAUCUAGAUCUAUCCGGGAUAUACUGUCGUAUUACGACGAUGACUGCAACGUACGAAAAUAAUUGUAGCAACAAUGGCUGUCGAAAACAUGCAAACAUCGUUGAAUAUUCAUCGACAUGUGUCCACCCACGGCGGCGUUCUAUCUAAAAGUCACGUAGGCACGUGGUGGGACAUGGUCACCGUUUGAAUGAUGCAUAAUUUAAUUCCAGCUCAAAGAGGAAUCCGUCCAGUGCUCUAGAAGGAAUUUAAAUUGCUCCGUCUCGUGGUAGAAUCCGGAAUCAAAGGUUAAAGAUCUGGCUCCGAUAACGACACCCUAUCAAACCUACUUGUGAUCAACCGUUCAAGUGUACCAAAAUAUCGCCGUCUGUACGUUACACCCAAUUGACGAAUAUUAAGUUCAAUAAUUUCUUUUCAGAGCAGCCACGAAGACCGAGUCGAUUAAUGCACGACACGGGACACGUAAUGGUGUACCAGAUCAAGAAUAGCCCGGAGUUGCCACAGAUUGCGUUUAUUUUCUCCUGAGCCGUGCAGAAAAUAAGACGCCUAUUUUCGAAUCGGUCGCGUUACACGAGUACUCGUGCAUACGUCAAGUUCGUAGCCGCUUUAAAGGGGGAACAAGCCAAAAAGUUCACUUUCUCGGUAACGUGAAACAUUUAAGCUAAAUACAUUAUAUACCGGAUAUAUUAAGCAACGACCUCUUGUUCCGGUGAUCAUCGUAUGAUCACGAAUAUGAGCUAUUUAAAGAAAUUUAUGGUAUUAUUAUAGACGACGCGUAAUUGGAAAGUGAAAAUAAUGUCAUAUCCAAUUUCUUUUUACACUCAUAGAUCCUGUGUUUAUGAACUGGAUCGUUCGUCUUGGAAUUACUUGUCCACCGGCAAGCCAACGUUUACAUAAGCAAAAAUGCUUAUACUUUCUAGUCCGUCUGUGGACGUUCAACGUCAUAAAAAUGUUUCGUAAUGCGUAAAUCUCACCGACAAAAACGCAUCGUUAACUGCAUUCUUUCCGCGCGUUCACCGUAAUUUCUUUUCAGUUUUAAUGCAGUCACGCGAUCGACCAAUGAGCGUAAUCACCUGCGCGACGUGUUCGAUCGUGCGUGUACGUGUAACAGAAGCGAGAUCUGGAUUCCACAGCGAAGUCGGUCACGUUUCUGAUUUUCUGCUUUGACCACGUUUCAUUGUUCAUAAUGGAGUCGUGCAACGACCUUAUUUGCAAACGUAGCUUCUUCGUCAACCACUGUUAUCGCAUACAUUAUUUAAAGGGUCGUGUACGACUGGAUAUUGCUCGCAAUUUGCGCAUUUUCAAAUCGAUGUACUAACGAUAGUUAUAUCACAAUCGAAAUAUACAGGGAAAAAUACGCCCUCGAUAUCUGCUAUAUUUUUGACACAUCUUUCGACGAACGUGCUUCAAUAACCCAGUUCUCGUAACGCAAGCUUGCGUUCAAAUUCAUGCGAAGCAGUAACGCGGAUGCUGAAUAAUCAAAAUUUAAUCCAUUCGAUAAAACGAACGCAAUGUCUGGGAGGACGCGACGCGACGUAUGCGUGAACGAGCUGCAGAGCACGCAAACGCCACGGCGCAGGUAUAAACACAUCGUCGAAUCGCGCGAGAGCGAGAACUAUCAUUACCGCGUGUCCUCGUGUCACGGCGGAGCCUGAAUACCCGUCGAGCCUGCGGUCUCACACUCUGCUUCGAUCCAAUCGGUGGAAGGAAGAAAGAGCCAAGCUAAGGCACGUAGACCGUGAUCGAGAACGAACAAGGAGAAGCGGAGCGGAAUAAAAGGUGGUGAGAGAGAUGGUCAACAGUCUCGUAGGAAGGGAUGCAAUGGUGUGGAGAUUGCUGUAGCGAGAGAUCGAUCGGCAAUCGCCGGUUCCAAAAAAAGAAAUCGGGAAAUAGGAAGGAAGACAGAGAAGAAAAGAAGAGGGCGCCAGUACAGAUAUAUCGGUGAGUGUGACUGGACGGAAAGACGUGGGCGAUUCCCAAGUACCGGCCUCCUGGUCCGUCGUGUCGUUUCGAGUGUGUCAGUGAGUUUGUGGAGGCGAACCUAACCUAGUCGUCGGGUGCGCACUAUCGAUCAAGAAGCCAUCGGUUUAAAGAGGACUUGACUCUUUUUUCGGAUAUUCGUUAAGUAUAAUUAAUUUUGCGCUCGGUGGAAAUACAUUUGUGCGUAUCGUUAAAUUUCGCGCUCAAUUACGGACAGUUGCUUUCUUAACGUGCGUGUUACGGGCGUGAAUUCAAAGAAGAAAGUUUUUCGGUCCCCGUGUGGAAACGGAAACAGAUCGAGAGAGAAAGGUGACGGAUAGUUGAAGAUAAACGAGGAGAGGAAACGAGAGGUCUAGAAGCUAACGGUGACAGCGACUGGAAAUCGGAAGUGAUCGUGUUGUGCAUUGGAAACGAUUCUAUGCGGCAAGAUGAUGGAGACACAGAAUUACUGGGAGGACAACUCCGCUCAUUCUAUGCAAGUCAAAUACGAGAGUCUGGAUGGUAGAUCUUGCAAGGACGAGAUAUACAGGAUGGGCAUAGGCGCUGGAUACUGCGAGGGGAACUUGAACUUUGCCACGGCCUCGGAGGAUGACGAGGUAUACACCAAGAAGAAAGUCUCUAGGCAAGAUCCAAUGUCUCACAGGAUCAUCGAAAAGCGGAGAAGAGAUCGUAUGAAUAACUGCUUGGCCGACCUGAGCAGACUGAUACCGGCCGAGUACUUGAAAAAAGGUCGAGGAAGAGUAGAGAAGACUGAAAUCAUUGAAAUGGCCAUUCGUCACAUGAAGCAUCUUCAAGGUCUUCGACAAGAAUCCAAACAUCCUGCCGUGACAUCGGUGCACACGCAUCCCGAGGACAGCGUGGAUAGUGUCUCGCAUUCAACUGUCGCAUCAACAGCAGCUGAACACUACAGGCUGGGUUUUCAAGAGUGUCUAAGUGAGACUAUGCAUUUCCUGGUAGAAGUAGAGGGCUUCUUCGCCAGGGACUCUCUGUGUGUUCAACUGAUCAGCCAUUUACAACAACACUGCGAAAAGAUCUUAGCUACCAGCGAUAGAUUAGGCUUCCCUCAUCCCGAGAUGCCUACAGCGAAUGGCAUCGCGAAUGGGACCGGCUACGCUCACACCAGCAUUCCCACGAUAUGUCAGCCGAAUGGUCAUUCGGAUCAUGGUUCGAGCUCCGGUGUAAGUUCCUUUGGCGAUCCGGAGCGUCCUCUACGCCCAACGAUCAUCCCACCGCCGGCAAUCGUAAGCGACGAUAGCAAUCAUAGCACCCAUUCGCACAGUACACCGCCAAGUACCAACUGUAAGCCUUCCAACUACAAGUUCAAGAGCUCCAUCAAGCAAAGGUUUUCCGCGGAGAGGAUAAAAUCUAGCCCGCCGCCGGCCACCAACAUGGAGAAACCGUCUUCCUCGCAUGGUGUGCCUAUCUUCGCCUUGCACGACGGUGGCGCUUUCUAUGUCCCGUUAACCGUUGAAGCAUCUCUGUUAAGGCCUCAUUUGAAUUUCAUCUCGGACACCGGUCCAGACACGGUUCUUCAUCCAGUUACGAUAUCGGUGAACUUCAACCAUUCGAGUCCGCCAGCGUGGUCAGAUCAUCACAGCCCAACGCAUCAACAGCAAACAUAAAUGACAAAUCAGGAGUCGUAUCUGAAUGUGACCCGAUGUCCUGUCUCGCUCGUUCCAACUGUCGAUGCAUGUACGCACGUGCAUGUGUUUAUACGCUUGGACCUGCGUAUUCUAGAUUCCCUCAUGCAAAAAUAGCGUUGCCGGUAUGAAAACUAUUUCUGAAUGGACGAAGACGAGCGACGACGCAGAUCAAUCGUACUCCGGGAAGAGUACGGUCGGUAAUCAUCGAAUCGAACGAUUCGAUAAGAUGUUUUAGGGGCUCGUGUUCGAUUGGUUCUUUGAGAGGAAUCGAUCGUUGCACGGUAAUCGCGAUAAUGGUGAUCGCGAUUUCAUUUUUUUUUUGUUCUCUAGUUGUUAUUAUCCGAGGAACGCUGAUGUAGCGUGUUUAGAGUUUUACGAAGAACGAAGGCGUCGAGGAUGGUUUUUUCUUUCUUUUGUAUAUUUACCGAGGCUGUGGGUUGUCUUAGCAUUUACAAGAUUUGAGAGAAAGAGCGAUGUAGAGAUAUCGUAGGUAGAGAUAGAGUAUUAGGGCUUGAAGCCCCGGGUUGCUUUAGCUUCGGUGUGUUUUUUUUCCUUUCGACAAUAUCGUCACAGUCGAAUCCCGUUCCUUCAUUUUUCUUUUUUUUUUUUUCCUCUUCUCUUACAUCGAUCUUUAUUUCGUUGUAUCUUCUUUUGUCCGUUUCACCUUCUUCCGUGCUUCAUUUUCUGUUCAUUUUUCGGCUGAGCAAAUGUGUCACGUGGUGAACAAAAGUCGUAACGGUAUCGAAUUCCGAGUUACGUUUAUCGUAAUUAGUAUUAAAUAAAAACUCAUUGGUGUAUCUACGUUUGCGAAGCAACCAAUCUACGAUCAUGUAAACAUAUUUAACUCUCGCACGAAAACUGAAGCCUGAUUGCCCGCAACAUGUUCAGUUGGCUGACAAAAUUCUGUUUUCUAAGCGUAAGCUAGCCGACAGAAGUGCCUAGAAUACUUUGAGUUACAAAUUCCAUUUAUGUGAUCGUUCUGUAUGUACGAAGAAAGUGGUUUAUUUUUUUCUUUGGAUAAUUCUGUCACCUUCGAUCGCAAAGCGGAUCGAGUCUGCUCGGCGCCCUGGCAAACGGGCCUUAGCAAUUAAAGACUGACCAAGACCUGCAUUAAACUAAAUUCUUGUAAGAUCAUUGCAUUAAAUAUAUAUUUGUACAUACCACGUUUAGUUGUAACGUUAACG